UCUCACCAUCUCUCUCUAACGACCACUAACCAUGCCCAAGGACGCCCGGGCAAGCUAUGGCGCGAGCCGCGCCUGUGACGCCUGCCAUCGGAUGAAGAUCCGCUGUGUCGACCGCGCGAACCCGCCCUGCCGGCGGUGCAAGACCAUGGACCUAGAGUGCACGUUCACGCUCGAGGCCACGACGAGCUCGUAUAGGAUCAAGAGCAACCAGGACCGUGUCGCCCACCUCGAGCACCAGAUGGACCAGGUGCAGACGAGCAUGCGGAACAUGGAGGACAUGAUCCGCGUGCUCGUGGACAGCAGCGCAAAGGUAUCCACCGCGGCGUCCAGCGUCGCGAGUCUCACGAACACAACGCUGCCGACGACGCUCGACGAGUGGGUGAGCAGCACGUCCAACGCCGUCGUCCCUGUGCCCGACGCCGCUGCCCCGCCGCCGCGCGCCGACUCGUCCGAAGAAGACGACGACUACCUCGUCGACGCGGCGAACGGCGCGUCAAUGAAGCAGAUCAUAUACCACGACGAGGAGGAACGCCUGCGGCGCCAAGAAUCCCUCUCGAGCCCCGGCACCGGGACGGGGCCGAGCCCGAACGAGCGGCGCGAGUCGGACACUAUGCGCGCAAUGAGGCUCGCCCGCAGGGAGAAGAAUAACCCCAUCCCUACGCAGCGUGGCGACCUCCUCCAGGACUUUGCGGAUCCUGUGCUGCUGGGAUACUUGACCGAGCAGGAGGGCCGGCACUUGUUCGACCUAUACUUCCAGGGCGCGCAUGCCUUCUUGCCCGUGUUUGACGCCGAGAAGGAUACCUGGGACAGCCUCCGCGCCCGCUCGUCCUUCUGCCUCACGGCCAUCCUGCUUGCCGGGCUGAUCGCGUCGGCCGGCGACAACGGUAUCUCCGAGUCGGGGAGCGCGCUGCGCGAGAAGCUGCUUGCGCAUGCCGAGAAGAUUGCCCUCGCAACCGUCUUCUCUCCUGUCGCAAGCAUCGAGGCCAUCCAAGCUAUGGCAGUCAUCCUCACCAACUGGGGCGACACGUCGUGGAGGCCUGGGAACCACCUCCUCAGCCUCGCCCUCGACAUGGACCUGCACAUGUGCCUCCCCCACCUGGCGAAGAACGGCAUGGGCCGAAGCAAGACCGGGCAGGAGCUAGAGCGCGAGCGGGCCUUGGUGGCCGGCACGCGGAUCUGGCUUGCGACGAGCAAGACGCACACUGAGAUGUGCUUCAACUACGGCCGGCCUGUCCUGUGCCCAGCCGACCAGCUAGCCAAGCACGGCCGCGCGUUCCUCGAGCAUCCCUUAUCGACGCGCGAGGACAGCCGCAACGUCGUCAUCUGUGAGGCGCAUGCGAUGCGCGAGCCGGUCCACGCGGCACAGUGGCAGGGCGUGCAUGGCGAGCCGCUCAACCUGCUCAUCGACGCGGCGAUGGUCAAGCUCGCCUUGUGGGAGCAGUACUGGUUCGACUACUAUGCACGGCAAGGGUUCUCGGACGACAACUUCUUCGUGACGGAGCUCAUCACGGUCAAGCACUACACCAUCUUGCAGCUCAACGUCGCCCUCCUGCAGGGCAUCAAGACGCAGCGCGACGUGCGCGACAUGCCCGCCGAGCGGCGACAUGGCCUAGCCGAGGCGGUGCGCGCCGCGGCCGCACUGGUGGCAAGAGCAGUCCGCGGCCCCGAGCGCGCCAAGCUCCGACACGGCAACCGCAACUCCCGUACGCACAGUGUCCCUUCUGCCCAGCUGACACCAGGCCUCGGCCUCGCGCACGCCGCGCGCUCACUCAUCCGCAUGGCGAGCCUGCUCCCCGAGGCGAUCAACCUGCGCGAGGCGGCGAAGGACGUCGAGCUGCUCGCUGACCAACUGGCCAGAUGUACGCCCUCACCCCUGCUCCUCACUGACCCCGGCCCAGUCCCGGACUUCCACUUUGCCCAGUUCCUGCACCACGUUGUCGUGGAAGCGCGGCGCAAGAAACAGCUGCCCCCCGGGUCCGUCGCGACGUCCCCCCGUGCCGGAGCACCGGCGCUCCCGGACGCCACGUUCGACUUCACCGUCGCCGACGACAUGUUCGCCAGCGAGGACUGGAUGACGAUCCUGGCCGGUGGAGUCACCGUGGACCAGCUGCAGCCGGUUGAGGCUGUGCCUGCUUUCCAGUUCUUCGCGCUCGAACAGCCUCGGUUCGGACAGGUGUCUGGCCCGUCGCCGACCUCGGAGGACUACGACGGCGGUCUGUUCGGAUUGGGAAGCGGAAGGACGGCGUGGCUUCCUUCGCAGUGAUUCUGGACUUCAUGCUUGAUAUACUCGUCCAUCAGCGAUCUGCUGCAUCGGGCGCUGGCAAGUGACGUGUAUGCAUGCGCCGUGUG